AAUAAAAACACCUAAUUCGCCUCCUCUCGCCCUCUUCAAAGCCAUCUCCGGCUCCAUCUCAACCCAAAUUGUGUUUCGCAAGGAUCAUGAGAUAGGAAUACGGUAAAUUUUCCCUUUAUUUUUUGUAAAGAUUUGAGCGUUUCAUCUGGAGAUGGGAUCGGAAUCUUCGGACUCAUUGCUUUGAGGGAUUCGUUCCAAAGAUCGGAACUUUCGGGGUUUUGUCCCCGGAUUCUUUCGUUUCUGAGAGAAAGUUUGGAUCUUUGUUGUUGUUCUUGUUCGAUUUGAUGCCUUCUGCCAUAGCGACGGCGUCGUCGUACUGGUGCUACCGGUGUAGCCGCUUUGUCCGGGUGUGGCCGCGGGACGCCAUCGUCUGCCCCGAUUGCGAAGGCGGGUUCUUAGAGGAGGUGGUGACACCUCCUCCCCCCGUCCCCGCAGUUGCUGAGCCCCGUCGCCGCCGGAUCCCCUCUGCAGGCGCACACGCUCUCGGCAGCGACGAGUCCUCUGUGGCUGCUCACCCCCGCCAGCCCUCCGAGCUCAGGUUCCAACGCAACCGCCGCACAUCCGCCGGUGACAGGUCCUCGUUCAAUCCGGUAAUCGUCCUCCGCGGCCCUUCAGACGGCGCCCGUGACGCGGAUCGAGCCGCCGCCGCCACCACCAGAUUCGAGCUCUACUACGACGACGGCACCGGAUCCGGCCUCCGCCCCUUGCCAGAAAGCAUUUCGGAAUUUCUGAUGGGCUCCGGCUUUGACCGCCUCCUCGAGCAGCUCGCCCUGGUCGAGCUCAACGGCAUCGGUCGCGAGAGGGGGUGCGAGCAUCCACGGGCGUCAAAAGCCGCCAUCGAGUCAAUGCCGACAAUAGAGAUCGUUGGUGACCACAUCGGCAAAGACUGCCAUUGCGCCGUCUGCAUGGAUUUGUUCGAGCUGGGGACUGAGGCCCGUGAGAUGCCCUGCAAGCACAUCUAUCAUCAAGAUUGCAUCUUGCCGUGGCUUUCGCUCCGGAACUCUUGCCCUGUUUGCCGCCAUGAGAUGCCGACAGAUGCGCAAGGAAUAGGGACACCGGGGGCAGAAGGCGAUGAACAGGCUUCUGCCCCCAGGAACGAUGAGGAGUCGGUGGGGCUGACAAUAUGGAGGCUUCCUGGUGGGGGGUUUGCAGUUGGGAGGUUCUCUGGGGGCAGGACGGCGGGGGAACGAGAAUUUCCGGUUGUUUACACUGAGAUGGAUGGUGGAUUCAACAACAGUGGAGCACCGAGAAGGAUCUCGUGGACUUCAAGAAGGAGUAGGACAAGAGAGGGCAGAGGAAUUGGUCAGGCUAUUCGUAGUUUCUUCUCAUUUUUUCGGCUGCCACGAUCGACUUCCUCUUUUUCAUGGUCCAGCUCAGAAUCUCAUCCUGCAUCUUCUUAUAGGCAUGAAAGGGAUUCAGUUUUCAGAAGGCGUUCGUGAAGUCGAGGCACCAACUGGGAUGGAAAUGCCAAUGACAUUGCAUGAUGGCGAUUCUCUUUCGCAAACCUGUCAAUUUCUUAUGAUGCAGAGUCAUUGAGUUUUGCAUCAAGACAUUUUGGGUGGUUGAAUCUGCCUGUUCUUCUCAGCAGCCACAAGAGCUUUAUUCAAUCCCAAUUAAAGGUUUCUUAGUUUAUGUUCUGCUAUAGAAGCCUACAGAUAUUAUAUUGCAACUGUAUCUCUUUCCUUAGGGUGAUCACAUCUUCAUGAAAGAUGUUCUCAUUUGUUGUAUUAAUGAACCUUUCCAUCUUAGCUCUCUGUCUGAUCAUUUGAUAGAGAUAGGCUGAUACAUGGUGGUUGGCCUUCCUAAUAUCUGUUCCCUUGUUGCUUGUCUUCUUCUUAAUCAUUGAGGGGUUAGAUUAAUUCUUCUCUUUCUACUUUUCAGCUAAAUUGUUGGCAUGAUCUUUUUCAUGAUUGAAGGUAGUGUUCUUGGAAUUUCUGUUGUCACACUACUCACUGCAAGUGGUGUUCCUGCUUCAAGUAUGUUAACUAUGUAUUCCAGGCAGCAACAGUAUGUA